AUGUCCUUCAGAGUGGCUGGCGCAGUCCUGGCCUCCUGGUCUGGUGUUAUUGUCUUUCUUAGUAAAGAGGAAGCGGAGGAGGCGUAUCCAUCAACUGCCACCCUCCACACCCGCUCGAGGAGUCCGAUUCCAGCCCAAUUGCGCCCAUUCACUGCAAUUGACCAGGUAACAUCAUGGUUCUCGCACGAUCGCCCGCUCUCCGGUCACUCUGGGCCCAGUCCAGACGGAUCUCGGCUCCCAGAGUACCGACUACUCGAGCAUGGCAGCGAGUUUCUCGAAGAGGCUAUGCCGACCACGCUCACGGUUCUCAUGAGGCCGGAAGCGAUAUGCCAUGAAUUGUUAUAUAUUCAUUGCCGCGGGUAUUCUGGACGCUUGACUGAUUCAAUUCCUCCGUUUGUUGAGUUUAGGCUGCUUGGUUCCGUCGCAUUCACCCUCCCAGCCGCUUACUACCUCUACCAGUCCGGCCCAGCUGGAAAGUCCGGCCACGAUGCCCACGCCCAUGUUGAACACGCCGUUGAGAAGGUGAAGGAGGUUGUCAGCGAGCCAGUCAAGGAGGAGACCAAGCCAGAGCCAGCUGCUGAGCCAAAGGCCGAGCCUGAAGAGACCAAGGCCGAGGAGCCCAAGACCGAGGAGAAGCCAAAGGCUGAAGAGGAGCCAAAGGCUGAGGAAGCUCCAAAGGCCGAGAGCGAGGCCGAGGAGAAGCCCAAGGAAGAAGAGAAGGCUGCUGAGGCCCCUGCUGAGAAGACCGAGGAGGAGAAGCCAAAGGAGGAGAAGAAGGAGGAGCCAGCUGCCACCGAGGAGAAGACUCCUAACCCCAAGGCUCCCUCCAAGGAGCCUGCCACCAAGUCCAGCUAA